AUGGCUAGGCUCUGUGCUUUCCUGAUGGUCCUAAUGCUGAUGAGCUACUGGUCAACCUGCUGUCUAGGAUGUGACCUGCUUCAGCGACAAAACCUCAGGAACAAGAGAACCUUCACACUCCUGGCUCAAAUGAGAAGACUCUCCCCUGUCUCCUGCCUGAAGGACAGAAAAGACUUUGGAUUCCCCUUAGAGAAAGUUGAUACACAGCAGAUCCAGAAGGCUCAAGCCAUCCCUGUCCUGCAUGAGCUGACCCAGGAGGUCCUAAAUAUCUUCACAUCAAAGGAAUCAUCUGCUGCUUGGGAUGCAGCCCUCCUAGACACAUUUCACAAUGAUCUGAACCUGCAGCUCAAUGUCCUGCAAGGCUGCCUGAUACAGCAGGUGGGAAUGCAGGAACCUGCCCUGACCCAGGAAGACUCACAGUUGGUUGUGAAGAAAUACUUCCACAGGAUCACUGUCUACCUGAGAGAGAAGAAACACAGUCCCUGUGCCUGGGAAGUGGUCAGAGCAGAAGUGUGGAGAGCCCUGUCUUCCUCAGACAAGUUGCUGGCAAGACUGAGUGAGGAGAAGGAGUGA